UAGCCAGGUAAUGCUACCAGACUCGUAGCUGAGGUUACCCGUGUGUUUGUCGUUGCUAGGCCGGUCUUGUGGUCUCCUUGUGGGGUUGCCAUUUGUAUGAGCUAACGUUGACUGCCGCAGACGCUAUUUUGACGCGUCGCUGGUGGUGGAAGUCAAGCAGAUUCUGAUGUGGGCAUUUCGACUGCUUAGUUGAUCCCGAAACUGCACUCGGAAGACACAAGGUUAUAAAAGGGUGGCAGCAGGUCCUCACCAUGUCCAAGAGUAAGAGUUCCGAGUCGGUGAAGGUGGUGGUUCGGUGUCGCCCCAUGAAUGAAAAAGAGCGACAUGCCAAGUUUGGAAAAGUGGUUUCUGUCGAUGUAAAACUGGGCCAAAUUAUGGUCAGGAACCCACGGGAAGCUUCGGCUAAUGAACUCCCAAAAGUCUUCACCUUUGAUUCAGUCUAUGACUGCAACUCUAAACAAAUAGAUCUGUAUGAUGAAACUUUCAGGCCCUUGGUGGACUCGGUUCUUCUUGGAUUCAAUGGGACCAUCUUUGCCUAUGGUCAGACGGGAACCGGGAAGACAUACACCAUGGAGGGGGUGAGAAAUGAUGCAGAGAGGAGAGGCGUGAUCCCUAACUCCUUUGAGCACAUCUUUACACACAUUUCACGAUCCCAGAAUCAGCAGUACCUGGUGAGGGCAUCAUAUCUUGAAAUUUACCAAGAGGAGAUCAGAGACUUGUUGUCCAAGGACCAGGCCCGUCGUCUUGAGCUGAGGGAGAGGCCUGACACAGGGGUGUAUGUUAAAGACCUUUCAUCGUUUGUCACCAAGAGCGUGUGGGAGAUCGAGCAUGUCAUGAACGUGGGCAACCAGAAUCGUUCUGUGGGUGCCACUAACAUGAACGAGCACAGCUCCAGAUCUCAUGCCAUAUUUGUCAUCACUGUUGAGUGCAGUGAGUUGGGUGUGGAUGGGGAGAACCAUAUCAGAGUUGGCAAACUGAAUCUGGUAGAUUUAGCGGGCAGUGAAAGGCAGGCAAAGACUGGUGCUCAGGGGGAGAGGCUUAAAGAAGCCACAAAGAUCAACCUGUCACUUUCUGCUCUGGGGAACGUCAUAUCAGCUCUAGUGGAUGGCAGGAGCAGCCACAUCCCGUACCGAGAUUCAAAACUUACCCGUCUGCUGCAGGACUCUCUGGGGGGCAAUGCCCGCACUGUCAUGGUAGCAAACAUUGGCCCAGCUUCCUACAACGUGGAGGAGACCUUGACAACGCUGCGCUACUCCAACAGGGCAAAGAACAUCAAGAAUAAGCCGCGCAUCAAUGAGGACCCCAAGGAUGCUCUGCUGAGGGAGUUUCAGGAGGAGAUCGCCAGGCUCAAGGAACAGCUGGAGAAGCGAUCGGGAAAGAAAAAAAAGCGGAGGCAAAGGAGGAGAGGGGGGGAAGGCAGCGAUGGUGAGGAUCUGGAAGACGGAGAGACGGAGGAUGAUGAGGAAGAUGGAGAAGACAAGGGCGAUUACUGGCGGGAACAGCAGGAGAAGCUGGAGAGGGAGAGAAAGGCCAUCAUGGAGGAUCACAGUCUGGUGGCUGAGGACAAGACUCGGCUUCUUAAGGAGAAGGAAAAGAAAAUGGAGGACUUGAAGAGGGAGAAGGAGGCCGGAGAGAUGCUUGCAGCCAAAGUGAAGGCAAUGGAGAGUAAGCUUCUAGUCGGUGGGAAGAACAUCGUGGAUCACACUAAUGAGCAACAGAAAAUGCUGGAGCUGAAGAGGCAGGAAAUUGCCGAACAGAAACGACGAGAGCGAGAGAUGCAACAGCAGAUGGACUGUCGUGACGAGGAGACUCUGGAGCUGAAGGAGACCUACAGCUCCUUACAGCAGGAGGUGGACAUCAAGACCAAGAAGCUGAAAAAGCUAUUUGCCAAGCUGCAGGCAGUGAAGGCAGAAAACCAAGACAUCCACGAGGCUCACAUCAAAGAACGCCAGGAGCUGGAACAGACCCAGAACGAGCUCACCAGGGAACUCAAACUCAAACAUUUGAUCAUCGAGAACUUCAUUCCCUUAGAGGAGAAGAACAAAAUAGUCAACAGAGCUUACAUCGACGAGGAAGAUGAGCACUGGAAAAUGAAACCCAUCACGCGUCUAGAGGAUGAACACCAGAUGAUGACCAGGCCUCUGUCUGCAGUGGGCUACAGGAGGCCCCUCUGUCACCACGCUCACGUGGCCAUGAUGAUGAAGUCGGACAUUAGAUACAAAGCUGAAAACGUCCUGAUCCUGGACAUGGACCUGCCAACACGGACCACUAAAGACUAUCAGGAGCCAGUUAUCGCCCCAAAGGUGGCUGCAGCUCUGGAGGACGCUCUCAGGGAUGAAGAUGAGCUCCAGGUUGACGCCACAGGCUUCCGUGGCGGUUUGGGACCAACUCCACCCUCCAUUGCCGGCCUCAAGAAACCAAAGUCUGGGCGACCAAGAACUGGCAAGAAGUCGAGCACCCCGACGUCCCCCUUCAGCCCGUCCAGUCCAGGGACUCCUCUGUAUCCACAGUCCCGUGGCCUGGUGCACAAGUGACAGCUCAACUGUCACCACCACCGACCUCUCCUGCCCUGCGCACCUUUCCACUUUGGGACUCGACUUUGAGAGAAAGGGUUUGGUUUUUUGGUCAAAGUUGUGUUUCAGUUUUGUGGUCUGUUCAGACUACAGAGUCCUGGAUUCUGCAAACAAAAAAUAGAGAGAACUUUAAUACUAAUGCUGCUUUGUAGGUUAAACUGUAACCACACCACUAUUAGCUGUUGUCACAAGCUUCUCAUUUGGAGAUUUGAAACCUCCUCAGUACAACAGCAAGGACGGCAGCCACGCAUGAAGCCUCGCGCCACUCUGCACGGCUCUGACCUUUCACUUCACGCGGCGGAAGAUGGCGACAAUGUCUUAGAUUUCACACACACACACACUCUCAGUUUCACAGUGUUUUUAGGGUAAAGUAACAGAAUGAUGGUGAUGGACGGCAGUUUCUUCUUCUUCAUAUCUUCCAGGUGUGUGUGUGUGUGUGUGUGUUGUGGUGAUGGUGUCCAUGCAGCUGUGCUGCUCUGGUCACUCACACACUGUGUUUGUUUGUCAGUGUGUUGUUGUUGUUAUACUGAAUGUGUGUGUGUGUGUUUCUCUAUCACUGUUUUAAUAUUGAACCUGCACUGUCUUUUUCUUCCUCUGAUAAGAAAGGUGUGUGUGUGUGUGUGUGUGUGUGUGUGUGUGUGCGUGAGAAACCACAGAUUAAAGCACGAGUCGACUGCAGCUUCACGUCACAGCUGAAUAUUUACACGUCGACUGCACAUUAAAGUUCGUAACCUUUGUAGACUUCAGGCCUGAUUGUCGUAACUAACUCUGCGUUGUUGUUUAAAAAACAAAACCCCGCCGCAUGACGUCAGCACGCUUUGAUUAAUACAUGUGGUCGUAUGUGCGAGUGUUUCCGCCACUCAUAGGAAUUUGGUGAAUUUGGGAAAAAUGUGAAGUUGCGUGUUGAUUUUGCGUCUGUAUCCCUUAGCGACGUCACUGGAUCCAAACUUUGCAUAACAUGUUAAGACUCUGAUGCUGGUGUGUGUAAUUUUCCCAGCUGAGCGACGCUGCACUUGUGUCUGUGUGUGUGUGGUCCAAGUCCUUUCACAUGUUUAGUUUCUUUUCAUUAUUAAAGACAAUUCAACGAGAA